UCAAACAGUCAAAGAAGUGACCGCAAGUGGGUGAAACCAGUGAGCAGAAGGAGGAUGGCAGAAAUGGAGGCAACCAAAGCAUGCCUGCUCAUGAAAGGCAGCUGCUUGGGAAGUCAGGAAAGCAAAGGUGACAGCACAUGGAUUCUUCCCAACUUGCCCAGUAAGUGCACAUGGACAGCUGCAACGCCUGCCAACAAGUCUCCACACACCUGUAUACCCUUAUCAGAAGAAACAAAGAUUUUACCCAACAUCUUGAAGAAAAUUGGCAGCACCCCCAUGGUCCGAGUCAACAAGAUUGGGAAGUCCUAUGGGCUCAAGUGUGAGCUCUUGGCAAAAUGCGAGUACUUCAACGCAGGAGGCAGCGUGAAGGACCGCAUCAGCCUGAGGAUGGUGGAAGAUGCAGAGAGAGCGGGGAUUAUAAAACCGGGAGACACGCUGAUUGAGCCCACUUCGGGGAACACAGGAAUCGGGCUGGCUCUGGUAGCUGCAGUGAAAGGCUACCGCUGCAUCACUGUCUUGCCGGAGAAAAUGAGCAUGGAGAAGGUUGAUAUUUUGAAGGCACUGGGUGUUGAAAUUGUGAGGACCCCAUGCACCCGUUUUGAUGCUCCAGAGUCUAACAUUCGUGUCGCCUGGAAGCUGAAAAAUGAAAUCCCAAACUCUCACAUUCUGGACCAGUACCGAAAUCCAAGCAACCCUCUGGCUCAUUACGACACCACCGCUGAGGAGAUCCUGGAGCAGUGUGAAGGCAAGGUCCACAUGGUGGUGAUUGGGUCCGGCACAGGGGGCACCGUCACUGGCGUUGCGAGGAAGUUGAAGGAGAAGUGCCCAGAGUGCAAAAUAAUUGGUGUAGACCCUGAGGGCUCCAUUGUCGCUCUGCCCAGUGAGUUGAACAGGACGAACAACACAACCGUAGAGGUGGAGGGCAUUGGGCAUGACUUUAUCCCCACUGUCCUGGACAGAUCAGUGGUUGAUCAAUGGUAUAAAUGCAAUGACAGGGAUUCGUUCCUCAUGUCUCGCAGGCUGAUUAGAGAGGAAGGAUUGUUGUGUGGUGGCAGCUCAGGCAGUGCCAUGUCAGUUGCCGUGCAGGCUGCCAAGGACCUGAAGGAUGGUCAGCGCUGCGUCGUCAUCCUGCCCGACUCUGUCAGGAACUACAUGUCCAAGUUCUUGAAUGAUAAAUGGAUGAUAAAAAAUGGAUUCCUAAAUGACGUCCAGGAGCACAAGCCUUGGUGGUGGAACAUCAAGGUGCAGAAACUGAAUCUCUCAGCCCCUCUCAUUCUUCUCCCAGAAGUCAGCUGUCAAAAGGCAAUUGAAAUCCUUCGGGAGAAGGGAUACGACCAGGCUCCUGUUGUUGCUGAAUCAGGACUUAUUCUGGGGAUGGUGACCCUCAGUAACACCUUGACCUCAGUGCUGGCUGGAAGCGCACAGUUCUCAGAUCCCGUUACAAAAGUAAUCUACGACCAGUUCUCUAAGAUCAGCCUGGAGGACAGCCUUGGGAAGCUUUCCUGCAUCCUAGAGAAUGACCACUUCGCUAUUGUUGUGCACGAGCAAAUGCAGUUCAGUGGAAAUGGCAGUUCCUUCAUGAAACAGAUGGUGUUUGGAGUGGUCACCGCGAUGGACCUCCUCACCUUUGUCAGCAGAAAUGACAAGAAGUAAGGAAGGAGCCCAGCUGUGCUGAGCCCCGUGCCUCCAGCAGGGUCAGCUGCUCCUCCUGAGCAUGAAACACGUGGCUGAGGAUAUUUUGUGGUCUAAUCCAGCUGAUGGUUUCUCAAAAUGACUAUGUGAAAAUUGUAAUGUAAUAACUGCGUGUCUGCUAGAUGCCAGCCAGAGCAUCACUAAAAAGAAGUGAAACAAAGAAAUUACAUUUGAUGGCCAUAUGUGGUUACAUGAAGCUACCGAGGGCUGGACAGGUAACAAGGGGUUAGUUGGGAUGAGGAUUGCUGUUGUUAUUGCCCAGAUGUUUCCCAAUGCAGGUUUUAGUGCCUUCAGGAGAAGGAGUGCCUUCAGGUCUCACUGAGAUUGGAGCCCAUCUCCAACAAGAGCAGCUCAACUCCUCUAAGCUCCUCUUGAAGGCUGGGGACAAGCCAUGUCUCACUGCACCCUCCUGACCCUCAUCCCCUCUCUCAGAUGCUGCAGCUCCCUGGGGACCCUGCUUCUCACCCCUGGCUCCUUUUGGGAGCCACAGAGGGAGAAUCUGACUCCCUCACUGGGGCGAGCAGGAGGGACAGAGCCAGGAGGAGCAGGGUGUGGGUGGGAUACGGACACCCUGCUAAACACAAAGAGGGGAGCUGGGCAGGCACAAGGAGGGUGGGUGGGAAGUGACAUCCAAGGGCUGUGAUGGGCAGAGGGGUGGGAAGUGAGGGACAAGGUGCUGGGCAAAUGGGGAAUGCGAGCUCCUGUGGGGCUGCAGGCCUGAGAGGGAUGGUGGCAGCAGUGCCAGCCGCACGUCCCCUGGGCUGGGACAGCCAGCCGCACCCAUCUGAGAAGCAGAGACUCAUUCUCACAACGUGAUAACAGGGCCAUGAGAUGGGGCUAUGUCCCAAUUUCCUGUAUAAUUCAGCUCAUGAAUAUUCAGCCUGAGAGCUCAUUUUCAAGGGAGCAAAGGGGAAAGGGGUCCUAUUUCUGUCAUAAUAUUGUGUUCCAGGAACUGAUAACGAAGGUCAAAAGAGGCAUUUGUCAUGGCUCUGAAAAUGUAAAUGAAAUCAAAUGUGAAACCAGUGCUGUGGGAACAAGCAGAGUUGCUGCUGCUGAAACCUGCUUUGGGAGAGCUGCUCUCAAAACAAGCAGAGAGCUUUGCAGUUUUCCCUGUAUCUCAGGAACUCCUCUGAGGGGACAACAACUAAUUUUGGCUUGCUGCUAAGUGGCUAGUCCGUAUUUUCAAUUUAAUCUAGUUUGUAUAAGAUUUUUAUUAAAUUAAGGAAUACUGAAGUAUUUAUAUUUAGGAAUAGUGUCUCUGCCUCCCUUUGCUCCCUUCAUUUACACAAACAUUAUCACAUCUCUGCGAGUUUUUGCCUGAGUAAUGACCAUAUUUGUCCAGAAAAAAAGUAAAAACU